AAAAAGUAUGUAGGUGGACACAUAAUUGAGAAAACCCUGACAAUACAUCGACACGCUGAUGUCUUUGUUCAGUCAUAAUUUAUAAAUUAUUGAUGUGAGAACAAUCAUUGGUUAUGUAAAAUCACUAAUGUCAUUUUCGUAUAACAAUGAUAUAAACAGAGAUUUUCAACAUUGAUGUGAGCAAUAUGACUAUAGGAAGCCAUUGAUAAACUGUCAGGAGAAAUAAAGAAAAAAAAUUAUUAGAUAUACAAUACUAGAGGAGAAAUGUGAUACGAGAUAGAUUCUGGUGCAAUUAGUGUAGUCUAUCGACAAAAAGUGUUACAAGCCAGUUCUGUGGUGUUGGAUUACCCCCUGUGAAGAACAUGCAGUGUUUGAUCUGUCGGAGUGAGUCAGUAUUGGAGACCAGCAAUUUUUGAUGAGAGCAGACAUUUACUGCUUACUUAGUGGUCUGCACUAGCAUCAGGGAACAGCGUUGUGUUGUCAACAGUGAAAGCUGGGAUUUCCAACUUGAUUCUUCAAUUCAUUAAGUUACCUGAGUGGAAUUGUGCUGUGUGUGUGUGUGAGGCAGCAUACAGCUUGACAAAAACAGGCCAGGAUUUAUGAUGAAUGGUUGGAGUGUAUUGUGACAGGUCUACACCUAUUGAAAGGCUGUGAUUUGUGUGUACCUGUGGCUUUUUGUCAUUACAAACAAAAUCAGCUGGUAGGACUGGAUAGUUCUAUGUGUUAUUAGAGAAAAAAAUCAACUGGAAAAUAUCUGUGGAAUCUACUGUGGUAGACUUUGUGAUGUAAUCUGGAGAGAGAUUUAUUAAUGAACUAACAAGAUAUCAUUACCGGUACAGGAGUUUGAUUUAAACAGUUUGAGACUGAUCAUCUUUGAGUGGCAAAAUCAGUGAAUGAAGUUUUGAUUCCUUGUGAUUUCGUUCCAGCUUGAGAUAUACCCCUGAUCGAGUGAAACAUUGUGACUGUGCAAUGAACAUUUUGUGUCAGUGACAAUCAUGCAGGCCUUAUUACAGGGUCCUUCCUGCUAUCAUUUUGAUAUCAGUCAUGAUACAUGUAAGCCUGGCAUGUUUCGCCAGGUGAAACACCCAGACGCGGGACGCCGAGAGGUCAGAAAUUCCAUCAAGAUGCAGGAGAAGCCAAUUCUUAUAAGAACACCGCAACCAGAGAGCAAGACCCUAAAACGUAAAAUCCUUGUGUCCGACUCCCCACCUCAACUUGAUGAAGACGACCGAAAGACCACACCCAAACGGAAGAAGCCCCUGUUAAAUUCUGAAAUGUCGCCCACCCACCAUGGAUCCACCCCUGUAUCUAAGACCCCCAGCAGUGGGAUUACCUCCCCUCGCACAGGGCCCCUCUCCGAGAGACAGCAGAUGUUGUUCUUGAUGAAAAUGACUGAUGAUUCACAAGAUUCAUCAUCCAAACCCACCUCCCCUCAACCCUCGGUUCCUUCUGUUAAGAAAACGCCAGGGGACAAAAAAGUGCACAAAAGAAACGAGCGUGGGGAAACCCCUCUCCAUUUGGCAGCCAUUAAAGGGGAUGUGAAACAGACAAAGAAACUGAUCAAGGCUGGGGCUGACGUGAAUGUGGCCGACUUUGCAGGAUGGACACCUCUUCACGAAGCUUCAAAUAGAGGCUGGGUAUCAGUCACAAAACAGCUGCUAAAGGCAGGCGCUAAUGUCAAUGUACAGGGACUGGAGAAUGACACGCCCCUCCACGAUGCUUCAGGAAAUGGACACACUGAGCUGGUUGAGCUGCUUUUGAAGCAUGGAGCUAACCCCCUGCAAGCCAACAGUAAGGGUAAGACGCCUGUAGAUGUGGCCGCCUCCCAGGAGAUGGUGAAGCUGCUGAGGAAGGAGAUCAUCGCCUCCAGCAGUGACAGCUCCAGUCUGGACGACGCCCGCUCCCCCACCUCCCCAGAGAGUAACUCUUCCUGCAAGGACGACGAUAUGGAUAUUUUUGUGCCAAGAAAUCCUAAAUCAGACUCCAACAAUGCAACUUCGGGACCAAGUAGUCGUAAAAGCAUCUUCAUUAAGUUCCAGCGUGAACAGAAUGAUGAACAGAGUGACAAGUCUCCAGACAUCUACAGUUGUCUGGUGGAGACGGGUGAGAACAAAGACAUUCAAUCCUCUUGUGAUAGUCCAGCGUCCAGCGGGAGUGACUUGUAUGACCCCCAGCUACAGAGUGACAGGUUCAAACCCAAGUCGGGAGGUACGGAAGAAGUGUGUGCUACUAGGUCUGAAUCUCCCGCCUCCAAGGUGAAACUUCCAUUCUCAUCAUCAUUAUCGUCAGACAUGGGUGGCUUUGAACUUGGAGGCUUCAACAGGUUGAAUAACCUGGAGCCAGACAGUCAGGGCAUUGAACACAGCUCUCAAAAAUACAAGUUAAAAGUGUCGGAAACUCAGCCAUUUUUCCCACAAAGUGAAGGAUUUAGUGAUAGUGAAUCCAGAGAUUCGUUCAAUUUGGAUAAUGAUCGUGAUAGGAUGCGGAUUCCAACUGUGGAUUCGAGUCACUCGCGAUUAAAAGACUCGACAACAUCAGACAUUCAGCGGAACAGUGUCAAUUCAGUGCUAAAUUCGUGUACCUCCACCACUACUGGGAAAUCAGGAGGUGGUGGGGAGACCAAUAGUGUAUCAAGUAGUUCUAAUAAUGAACAAAGUUUUCUGCAAAAUAGCUCAAAUAUUCCUCGAAGAAAUAGUAUUAGUAGUUCAAAUAAUUAUGUGUCAAACAGUGCCAACAAUGGGAAUUCAAAUGACCUGCCAAAUUCUAGUGUCAGUUCUAGUGGACUUAAAUGGGACCUUCGAUCAACGGCUUCACCGAAAAGUGAAGAUGGCAGCAAUCAUUCAGGAAGGUCCGACUCUAAUCGGAUAGGGUCUCCUAUACGAGUGGAGGGCAAGGAUUUCAAGUCCUCGCCCAGAGUAGAUCGUGAUAACAACAGAGACAGCAAGCCUUGUUCUCCCAAGGUACCCCCAUUGAAGAUCAUCAUCCCUCCCAAAACAUCAACAGCAUCCAGUCAGGAUCCAGAGUCAGCGAAGAUUCACACAUCCAAGAAAUCUCUCCCCUAUGUAUUAAAUCCUACUCAGGAACAGCAGGCCGGGGGCUUGCUCCCCCAGACCAGCACCGCCACCGCGCUGGGUUCACAGGAAAUCCAGCCUGUAGCAAGCCCAGCCUCCUCGCGGUCCUCAUCCAGUGGGACGACGUCCAAGGACGGUAAUAAAUAUUCUGGCAAAGACUCGAAAGAGAAAGACAACAAGGAGGUGUCCUCAGACUCACAAGUCAAUACUGAAAGUGAUCAGAAGUCUGAGGAAAUUUCAUCGUCCUCAAAGGAGAGUAAAGAGAGAGACAAUAGUUCUAAAGUGAAGGAUAGUGAGAAGGAUGGUAAGGAGAAAGGACAGGACGAUGAGAAGGAGAGAGAAACCCAGCAGACGAGGCGGACACUACGCUCUCACACUCAGGCCAUGCAGCAGGAAAAGCAGAAACAGGGUAGACCACCACCAAAGGAGAAAGAUAGAGACUCAGGAAGUAAAGAAUCGUCAGACAAGGAUGAAACAGGAAGCACAUCCAAGAGUAAAACGGAGGAUGAGGAGGUUCACAUGCUGCCACGGAAACGAAAGGGUUUACGGCCAAAGACGGAGCCCGCUCCCCAGCCUGCCACUGAGCCCGCUAUCACCCUGCCACCCGUGUCCUAUGAAAAGCCCCCCAAUCCAUUCGAGUUAUACUUGUCCAUUAGAAAACAGGUGAUUCGGCAACAGAAUAAUUUGUCCAUAGUCCAUCCUAAAGCUCCUCAGGGCUUCAAAGACUACUUAAUGGUCAGCUGUGGCUAUGUGCUGGAAGGGAAGAAAGCCAGCACUCUCUCUGUACCAAUGUUAUCGCCACCAAAUUCAGUUCAAGGGGACAUGAGGGAAUUAUUUAUCAAUCAGGAAAAAGUCCGCUAUAAGCUGAGAUUGCAACAUCUUACAGAAAGGGAGAAACUGAUUUUGUCAUUGGAGCAAGAGAGGAUCCGAGAGCACGGGCGGGCAGCUCGUGCGAUGGCCAAUCAGAACCUGCCGCUCAGUGUGUGUACAAUAUUAAAGAAUGAAGAAAUCUAUCAUGCAAUGGAUGCAGAGCAGGAGGAGAAAGAGAAGAGUGGAAGGGCUCGCUAUAAUGGCAGACAAUUCUUAUCAUGGUUGAAAGAUUUAGACGACAAGUUUGAAAAACUCAAGGAGGACUUGUUAUGUCGACAUCAUAUGGAGGCGGACUCUUUGUAUGCGAUUCAGAAACUCGACUGGGAAUGGAAGAUGAAGGAGCUGGGUUUAUGUGACAAUAAUGCCACACCAGAGGUGGAUGAAGUCAGCGUGCCUAUGGUCCAAGUUCAUGAAUUUGAUCUGACUUAGCCCAGGAAGAAAUUUGAGAGUGGACAUUGUCCCUUGAAAUUUGGGAGAUGUGAAAGUGAAAGUGAAAGUAGGCCACUGAGAGCAUCCUUGUGAUGUUCAGAGAGGGAAAUAAAAUGGACGGCGAAGAAUGUCCAAUGUAUGGUGCAAUGCAUUAUGUGCUGUGUUAACAGUGUGGUUUGGAGUAAUACUGUAGUUGCUUAUACCUGGUAAAAGAUUGAAAGAAGAAAGCAGAUUAUGAAGAGAGAUACAGAGGGUGCACCACAGAAAGUGGAGCAUGUGCAUGAGGCAGGUGGUCACAUUUAGAUUGAGAUUUUGAUCUGUGGGACACUGCAUCAAGCCCCCCGGAUCUAUGUUGUGAUGCAGGUUGAACAGUUAAGUGUGCAAACCUGCAACAGUCCCCAGCAUUUUACAAGUUGACACUUUCACACAACUUGCAGUCAUAUGCCUUUUCAAAUAUACAGUGUAGGUAAUUCAGAAUUUGGAUAAUUUGCCUCAAGUGCUGUAGUUUUAUAAUUUUGUGUAGUUUAACAAGGCAAAAGGAUUUUUAAAAUAUCAUUGAGGUACAUGUAAAUGUAUAUUGCUUAUGAAAAUAUCACUAAAAAAUAGAAGUUCUGGUUUCAUGGAUAAUUUUCUUGAAAAUUUUCUUCAAAAAAUGCUGAUAGACAUUUUAGAUUCAGUUCUAAACUCUCUGCUUUUAUAAAACUGAGAUACUGCAUGACAUUUUCCCUUGGAGCAGUCUUUCAGCCAUUAGCUGCAUAUUAGAUGUAGUGUUGCACAAUGAAGCCUUGUAGAAAUCUGGACGUUGGUUGUACUGAAAUCAUGUUAUAAAGCAGAGUCACAAGUACACCCAGUCUAUUUUAAAUUGUUUAAGAACAAAGAUAUAUCAUUUAUAGCCUUGUGAAUUUUACUUUUGAAAUAUUCUUAAAUUCUUAAACUUGGACAUGUGAAUGGUUAAUAUUAAACAAAAAGGUUCAAAAUACCUGAAUCUCAUUGCAUUAGUAAAUUAUUUUAUGACAUUAUAUUUUUGAUUUUAUCCUUGUCAGGAAUCCAAUCACACAAAGGCAAUAUUCCCCAUUUAAUUUAGUGCUGUUUUUGUUUACUGAGCAUCUCUUAUUGUGUUUCAUGUAUAUUACAUGUUUAGAUGGUCUGUGCCUCUGGUUCAAUUUUUACUGGAUUUUCCCAGCACCUCUUGUUCAUUGGUAUUUUAUGUUGUACAGCAAUGUAUCAAGAUAAAAGACAUGUAUAUGUACUCAUUUUUUAAACAUUGAGAUAUUUAAUGUUCAAAUUAUUUUUGUCACAUGUGGUAAAUGCCAUGGGAGAGACUGUUCCAUGCAUUAAAAAUAAAAUGUACAGAAAUAGAAAA